AUGGACUCCUCACCGCGUGAGCCGCAGCGACUCUCAGCGCUGUACCAAUACCACAACGCCCCCGAGGUCGCGCCUGCCCAUGGCCUAGAGUACGACGACACCGUCUAUCCCUCCUCCGACAAGUACCCUGUCAUCCACGAACGAUUAUACGAGGGCAAGCUCAGCGGAAAGUAUGGCUUCGGCGGCGACAACAGACCGCCGCGGAUCAUCUUUGGAAUGAAAGUGCGAACGUUCCUGGUGGUUGCAUCGGUCAUGGUGCUGGUCAUAGUAGGAGCAGCAGUAGGAGGUGCGGUCGGCGGGCAGCAACUGAGGGAGAACCAAGCCCAGACGAUGUACACCAACGGCACCAACGCACCGGCAUCGAAUCCCUCAGCUUCGACAUCCUCAGGACCCUCACCAACAUCAACGUUCUCCGCAGCGACCCCGACAUACACGCCACUAUCAGACUGCCCCGAUUCAAACAACACCGCCUACACAUCCUCCUUCUCCAAAGGCUCCUCGGGCGACACCCGCAAAAACGCCGGCCUCCACUUCACCAAAUACUGCGACCUGUCCAACCCGCUCUCCACCGACGGCGCGCAACGCAUCGCCGAAGCCUUCGUCUACAGCUUCAGCGACUGCGUCGAGGUCUGCGCCGGCUACAACUUCUGGAACGACGGCUCCAACUGCACCGUCGCCGUCUACCAGUCCGGCGGCGGCCGUCCGGGCAACUGCUGGGUCGGCAACGCCGGCGACAUCCAGGCCUCUUCCCUGAACGAAACCCAAGGGACCGACGUCGCGAUUCUGACUACUUCGUAA